CACUCUUAUCCUUACAAGAAUCUGUUCUUCAACUUUUUCCCUAAAAAAAUAUUCACUAAGCUAUCGGAUUCGCCUCUUACAGGCGAAUUUACGGUUGCAGAUAUUCUGUCACACUCGUAAUAAUUUCAUUCUGAUUGGAUAUACACACACAAGCGUCCAUAUUGCUGUGUGUAUGCGAUUGCCAUACGAAUUCGGUGCCUGAGAAAUCAAAUUAAUGGCGGAAGUGAAUCAAGGGCGGCAAGCUCGCAAACGGCGCCGUUCGACGUGGGACGUAGCUCCGUCUGGGCAGCCGGAGGCUGAUGAAAGGGAUUGUGGGGAUGACGAAACCAGGGCGCCGCCGGUGCUGCGGAGACAUGUGUCGCCGCCGAAGAGGGAUGAUGAUCCCAAUGGGCAUUACGUGUUUAGCCUCGGCGAGAAUCUCACAUCUAGAUAUAAGAUACUUGGCAAGAUGGGUGAAGGCACCUUUGGUCGAGUAUUGGAUUGUUGGGACCGUCAUACACGAGAAUAUGUGGCUAUCAAAAUUGUUAGAAGCAUAAGAAAGUACCGUGAUGCAGCAAUGAUCGAGAUUGACGUGCUUCAGCGCCUUGCUAAGUAUGACAAAAAAGAGUCGCAUUGUGUGAAGAUGCAUAGGUGGUUUGAUUAUCGCAAUCAUAUAUGCAUAGUCUUUGAGAAGCUCGGACCAAGUUUAUUUGAUUUUCUAAAGAGAAAUAAAUACUCCCCCUUUCCUGUGGAUCUUGUUCGAGAGUUUGGGCGCCAGCUUUUGGAAUCUGUAGCAUAUAUGCACGAUUUACGGUUAAUCCACACUGAUCUGAAGCCAGAAAAUAUACUUCUUGUCUCUUCUGAGUUUGUUAAGCUUCCUGUCUGCAAGAAAACGUCAGAUGAAACAAAUUCCAGGUGCUUACCAAAGUCAAGUGCCAUUAAGCUGAUUGAUUUUGGUAGUACUGCUUUUGAUAGUCAGCUUCAUAGCUCCAUUGUCUCAACAAGGCAUUACAGGGCACCUGAGAUCAUUUUAGGUUUAGGAUGGACGCACUCUUGUGAUAUUUGGAGUGUUGGUUGCAUACUUGUGGAGCUUUGCACGGGUGAAGCACUUUUCCAAACACAUGAGAACCUGGAACAUUUAGCUAUGAUGGAGAGGGUUUUGGGACCACUGCCAGAGCAUAUGAUUCAAAAAGCGACCAAAGGUGCUGAAAAAUAUUUCAGACGAUCCAGACUGAACUGGCCCGAGGGAGCAGUUUCCAGGGAUAGCAUCCGUGCUGUGAGGAAGCUAGACCUAUUGAAGAAUCUCGUGUCAAGGCAUGCUGAUUCCUCCAGAUCCUCUCUCGUGAACUUGUUGCACGGCUUGCUGAAGUUUGAACCAUCCGAACGUCUCACUGCUCGGGAGGCGCUGGAGCAUCCUUUCUUUAAGGAACCAGCUUAGAAAUUCCUCACCUUGCGUGUAAAAACACGUGUUUGAUCUAUAUCUAGCUCUGUAGCAAGUAAAACGAUCAUGAUAUAACAGUAUCUUUAUUUUUGCUGUGUCUA